UUCCCAAAGUCCACCGUUUGGCACGAUUCAAUCAAAUUAACAAGAAUGAGAAACCAUCAUGAUAUGUUCUCCUGCCUUCCACAAGAUGUAAUCUUCCAAAUCCUUUUAAAGCUGUCCGUGAAAUCCCUUCUCCAACUCAGGUGCGUUUCCAAGUCCUUCGCCUGCUUAAUUUCCAACCACCACUUCAUCAAACUCCUUACAUACUCCACCGCCCCCAUCUGCGGCGGCGGCGGCACCGACACCGGCGACCCUCGCCACCUGCUUUACUAUGAAUCCACCGACUACACAAAACAGUACAUCUCUUUUCACGGUGCUACCGAGUUCUCUUUGUGCAAAAGGCUUGAGGUUCCUUUUGAGAGUUUCCAUGGGUACUUAAGGCUCGUGGGUUCAAGCAAUGGACUCAUCUGCUUGUUUGACACCAACUAUUUCACCUAUAUUGGCACGGUGAUUCUCUGGAAUCCCUCUAUUAGGAAAUUUAAAAUUCUUCCAGAUGCGCACUGGUUUCAUCGUUUUACAACCGAAUUUUCUCACAUGGCUGUUGGGUUUGGAUUUGAUUAUGUAAGUUUUGAUUUCAAGGUGGUGCAAAUUUUAUAUGAUAGGGAUUAUGAAUCUGAGCGUGGGCGUCAGGCUUUGGUUUAUCAAAUAAAAAAUGAAUCUUGGAGGAAAAUUGAGGUGGCAGUACCCUGUUUUAUGCACAAUAAUUGGUCCAGCAAUGUACUUGUGAAUGAGGCUGUGCAUUGGUUGGCGUAUACAAGGCUAACUGCUGAUGGUCACCCCAAUUGCAUUAUGGCUUUCAGUAUAAGUGCGGAGGUUUUUAAGGUGAUGGAGUUGCCGAGAGAUCUUGAACUGAAUUUUAGGGAAUUGCGAUUGUCUCCAUCAGUUGAUGAAAAAUCAGUGGCUCUAUUUGUUAGUUAUUCUGAUAAUGCUGGUGAGAGGUGGGAUAUGUGGUUAAUGAAUGAUUAUGGAAAGGUGGAGUCUUGGAUGAAGAAAUAUAGUAUUGUACAAAAUCAUAUGGUUCCUUUAAAGUUUUUGAAUAAUGGGGAAGAUUUACUUGAGAUGAGAGGAGAGAAUUUGGUUUUGCUUGACCUUGAAAAGGAGGAGACCAAGAAUCUCAAAGUUUCUGGUUUGCCGUUGUCCUUCAACACUGCUGGUUUUGUGCCAAGUUUGGCUUUGCUUGGUGAUGGGCAUGAAGUUGUGCCUAAUAUUGUCCCAAUCAAUGGUAAUGGUAUCCUGAUCAAUGAUCAGGUUAUGGUAGCUUCAGAGAUUGAUGGCGUAUCAAGAAAUUAUGAAGGAUAAAUGUGAAAGCUCUGACCUAUUACUAGUAUAUCACAGCAGUAAUGCUUACAUAAGCUGUUAUAUUGUGAAUUAUGUGAGUAAGAGCUUUUACUGUUAGUGAUUAGUUAAUUGUAGAUAAUACUUGAGUUUUUCCUGGCUAUUUGUAUCAUUAUAUAAAUAGUUUGUAUUACGAUCAUGGUGUGUGUGCCUGGAGUACUUGUAACUGAGUAACUACAUGGUAAUUGUACUGUUGGAACUACAGAUGUUCUUAGCUUUUGGCUGUCAUUUUCUAUAUAUUGAUGUUAUUAAUUAUCUCAAUACCAAGCUUUAAUUGGGAAGA